AUGUUGUACUUUCUGCAUAGGCCUUUUGUGGCCUUGGCAAACACCCUUGGUGCCGCCCCAGAUGAUCUCAAGCUCGUUACCUCGUUCUUAAUAUCUUUCCCGCUCGCCGCUCUUCUCAAACGAAUCCCCGACUCAAGACCAGAAGUCAAGAACCUCUUUGCCAUUGGCGUGUCCCUCUUCUACCUCGUCGGGCUGUUUGACCUGUGGGAUGGCAUUCGAACCCUACUUAUCAGUGCAGGCGGCACGUACUGCAUCGCCAAAUUCCUCCGAACGAGUCCCUAUAUGCCAUGGAUAGGCUUCGCUUUCACAAUGGGCCACAUGUCCAUUAGCCAUAUCGCCAGGCAGGCCAAUAACGACCCAUCAACUGCCGAUGUCACAGGUGCCCAGAUGGUGCUUCUCAUGAAGUUGAGUGCCUUUUGCUGGAACGUCGCCGACGGCCAACUUCCUGAGGAGCAGCUGUCUGACUUCCAGAAGAGGAACAUGCUUAAGGAGGUGCCUUCUCUGCUUGACUACACCGGCUGGGUCUUCUUCUUCCCUGCGCUCUUCGCCGGCCCAUCUUUCGACUUCGCCGACUAUCGUCGAUGGCUCGACACCACUAUGUUCGAUGUCUCCAACGUCGACCCAGCAAAGAAGCCCCCUACGAGGAAGAAGCGAAAGAUCCCUCGGAGCGGCGGUCCCGCAGCUUGGAAAGCAGCCAGCGGUCUCUUCUGUAUCGCAAUGUUCAUGGGUCUGGGAGGCUCAUACUACCCUAGCUUGCUAACAUCUGACAUCUAUGUCAAGUAUGGUUUCCUCCGCCGUGUCUGGGUCAUGCACAUGGUUAGUUUCACUGCACGACUCAAGUACUAUGGCGUAUGGUAUCUCACCGAGGGCUCUUGCAUCCUCGCAGGCAUGGGCUACAAUGGCGUGGAUCCUGUUACAGGCAAGGUCUUCUGGAACAGGCUGCAGAACAUUGACCCGUGGGCUGUCGAGACUGCGCAGAACCCGCGAGGUUAUCUUGGAGGUUGGAAUAUCAACACGAGCAACUGGUUGAGGAAUUAUAUUUACCUUCGUGUGACGCCUCGGGGCAAGAAGCCUGGUUUCCGUGCCAGUCUUAUGACCUUUGGCACGAGUGCUCUCUGGCACGGAUUCUACCCUGGAUACUACCUAAGCUUUGUCCUUGCGAGCUUGAUUCAGACUGUCGCAAAAAAUUUCCGCCGCAAUGUCCGUCCUUUCUUCCUCAAUCCUGUCACCAGUAAACCUACCACAAAGAAGAGAUACUACGACAUCGCAUCCUACCUCGCUACGCAACUGACAUUCACCUUCGCAACAACGCCCUUCCUCAUUCUCGAGUUUCAGGGUUCACUGCUUGCUUGGUCCCGUGUUUAUUUCUACGCUGUUAUCUGGACCGUCUUAUCUCUCAUCUUUUUCAACUCUCCUGGUAAAUCUAUCCUCAAAAAGCAGCUGGAGGAGCGUCAAGGCCGUGCUAGUGUCAAGCUUGAGCACUCCAUCUCUACUGAUAGCUUGUCCGGCAAGGAGCCUAUUCUAGGUAUCUCCAAGGAUCCUGAGAGUGAUAUUAGCGAAGCUGUCGAAGAGAUCAGGGCCGAGAUGCUGAUGAGACAGAGAAAGGCCAAGGUGAACAUUGAAUCGCAUUAG